GCGGUGUCGGAUGAAAUGCUAGUUGAACUGAAGGCGUGCUUCAUGGAGGCUUACGACGAUAAUCAAGAUGGGAAAAUUGACAUUCGAGAGUUGGCACAACUGCUUCCUAUGGAGGAGAACUUCCUCCUCCUCUUCAGAUUCGACAACCCUUUGGAGUCCAGUGUGGAGUUCAUGAAGAUUUGGCGAGAAUACGAUACGGACGGUAGCGGAUACAUUGAAGCCGACGAAUUGAAGAAUUUUCUCCGGGAUCUCUUGAAGGAGGCGAAGAAAAUUAAUGAUGUUUCAGAGGACAAACUCAUUGAAUACACCGACACUAUGCUACAAGUAUUCGACUCCAACAAGGAUGGGAGAUUGCAACUUUCCGAAAUGGCCAAACUGCUGCCUGUCAAGGAGAAUUUCCUUUGUCGACAAGUUUUCAAGGGCGCAACAAAACUUACUAAGGACGACAUUGAAAGAGUCUUCUCACUGUAUGAUAGGGAUAACAAUGGCUCGAUCGAGAACGAGGAACUGCGCGGCUUCCUAAAGGAUUUAUUAGAAUUAGUUAAAAAGGACUACGACGCGCAAGACCUGCUGGAGUUUGAAGAAACGAUCCUCCAAGGUGUAGAGUACAGCAGCGAAGGGAAGAUCAGUAGAAAGCAGCUGACGAUGAUACUCCUGGCUCUUGCUAAGCAUCACCAAGAGGAGGAACCGGCGACUCCAUAAGUUUAACCGAACGCAAACGCCACUCCGUCCCAAUAUCCGAACGAAUUUCUAGCGUUGCGAAAGCUUUGACACAUUCGACGCCAUCUUUGAAAUUGUUUAUGGUGUUCCUUUUUUUUGUUUUGUUAGAGGUGCAAUGGUUUCUUGUUUUAAAUCGUAUAAGAUAUGCAGCUUGUUGUUGUGUUUUGCUAAAAAAACCAAAGAAUCGUUUAUAUUUAUAUCAGAAUCAUGUAAGAAGUAAUAGUAAUUUCUAUAUUUUGUUUUUAAUAUAAUGUUGAUCUUAAAAUCUUAACUUUUCUAUAAAAAUGUACCGAUGAAGAAAAAGUACUUGAACAAGAAAAAAGUUUCAAAACAAAUAACACCAACAAAAAUUGGACCCACGACCAUUUCACAACUUAAGCCAUCGUUCUACGCUUACAUCAGUCAAAUUCUGAAAACAUUCUGAUAUCCCAUUUAACACAACAUCAAACAUACAUGUGGCGCCAUCUAUUAUCAAAUUCACGUAAUAAAGCUUGUAACAUUUCUGUAUUAUUGUCGAAACUCAUAUAAAUAAAUGGAAGUAGAAUGUGUCAAAACAACAUUUUUAAGGGCUGGGAUAAAUAGUUGUAUUAUAAAGAAUAUUGUUAUAUUAGUCGAAACUACAGAUUAAUAAUUAUCAAUCUAUAAAUUUCAUUUAAACAUCCAUAGUCAAACAGGAAAACAAAUUUCACAAUACAUUUAGUCGAGAAUAAAGCACAAAUUAGAGAUAAAUACAAUCAAUCUCUUUCCAGCUUCUUCACUAUUUUCAUUCACUACCUUUAACACUAUUUAAUAUUGACACUUGAUUAUUUUGAAACAAAACAGCAUAACCUGGACCGUCAAAUGUGUGGAAAGAUCAUACAAAGCAAAACCAGGUUAAACUGUUAUUAGAAUUUAAGAUGGGAUAUUAACCAUGAUUUUCAGUUCAUUCGUGAUCAUGGCGCUUGCAACAGUGCGAAAAUAUCGGAAACUCAUAGACAUAAAUAACAUAGUAAAUAUCCCGUCUCAAGUUCUAAUGAUAGUGUUAGUGACCAUGUCUGUUUAAAACCUUAUACCAGGAUAAACUGGUUUUUUAUAGUUCGAUGUAAAGCCAAUAAGUCCUGUGGCUCUAAAAAACUCGACUAAAUUAAACUAACUCGACUAUUUAUCGUAUCUCUAACAAAGAGCUUGUUUGUAGUUUAUUUGUGUAUUAAUUUAAUGUCUAAUAACUAUCGUGAGACAUGGUAAAUUAAUUUAAAAUAAUUGCUUACUCACGUCAAAAGAAAAGCUCUACUCGAUCAGCGC